GUCAUUAAACGCAACACAGAGCUCCGCGAGAGCACAACGGACUGCGCGGACUGCACAGCGCGCGCGGUACGAUAUCAAACUUCCACACAGGACGACAAUGACGCGGCUCCGGCUCGUGCUUCUCACCGCGUUGCUAUGGCAAUGCUGCAAUGCCCAGCAGAGAGGACUGUUCCCAGCUGUGUUGAACUUGGCGUCCAUGGCAGAUAUAUCCGCUAAUGCUACCUGUGGUGCGACGGGUCCAGAGAUGUUCUGUAAGCUGGUGGAGCAUGUACCAGGCCAGCCCGUCAGAAACCCUCAGUGUCGAAUCUGCAACCAAAGGAGUACAAAACCAUUUGAGCGACAUCCCAUUGAAUAUGCCAUAGACGGGACCAACCGUUGGUGGCAAAGUCCCUCUAUCAAGAAUGGAAUGGAGUACCACUAUGUGACGAUCACUCUGGACUUAAAACAGGUUUUCCAGAUCGCCUAUGUGAUCAUAAAGGCAGCCAACUCACCUCGCCCAGGUAACUGGGUCUUAGAGCGUUCAAUAGACGGCGUAACCUUUGACCCGUGGCAGUACUACGCCAUCACAGAAACAGAGUGCCUGACAAGGUUCAACAUCAACCCACGGACUGGACCUCCAUCCUACACUAGAGAUGAUGAAGUUAUCUGCACAUCUUUUUAUUCAAAGAUUCACCCUCUGGAGAACGGAGAGAUCCACACGUCUCUGAUCAAUGGCCGGCCCAGUGCGGAUGACCCCUCCCCGACCCUGCUGAACUUCACCUCCGCCCGCUACAUCAGGCUGGUGUUCCAGCGAAUCAGAACGCUGAACGCUGACCUCAUGACUCUGACACUCCGUGACCCGAAAGAUAUUGAUCCUAUUGUGACGAGACGGUACUAUUAUUCCAUUAAGGACAUCUCAGUCGGAGGGAUGUGUAUCUGUUACGGCCACGCCAAAGCUUGCCCACUCAACCAAGUUACAAAGAAGUUUAGCUGUGAAUGUGAACACAACACAUGCGGGGAGAGCUGUGAUCGUUGUUGCCCUGGUUACCACCAGCAGCCCUGGAUGGCAGGAACCUUCCUCACUCGACACGUCUGCGAGAAGUGUAAUUGCCACGGUAAGGCAGAGGAGUGCUACUUUAAUCAGACAGUAGCAGACCUGUCACUCAGCCUGAACAUCCAAGGUCAAAACAGAGGGGGCGGAGUCUGCAUUGGCUGCCGUGACAACACAGCUGGAAUCAACUGUCAGUCAUGCGUUGAUGGAUUCUACAGACCCACAGGGGUGAGCGCGGAGGAGGAGAACCCCUGCAUCCCCUGCUCAUGUGACUCACAUGGGUCAAUCAGCCAAUCAUGUGUCGCAGAUCCAAGCCAGGCUACGCCCAAUCAGCCAGCGGGGUCGUGCCGGUGUAAGGAGGGUUUUGGGGGUCUCCGAUGUGACAGGUGUGCCGUUGGUUAUAUGGGCUACCCAACCUGCCAGCGCUGUAACUGCACUGUGGAAGGAAGCAGCAACGAUGACCCGUGUAUAACACCCUGUGUGUGCAAGGAAAAUGUGGAGGGAGUAAACUGCGACCGCUGUAAGCUGGGAUUCUUCAACCUCCAAAGAGAAAACCGACGCGGCUGCGAAAAGUGCUCCUGCAUGGGCGUUUCCAGUCAGUGCUCAGGCUCCACAUGGACCUAUCAGAAUGAGACAACUCUGACAGGCUGGCACCUGCUCGGAGAUACAGGAGGCAGAGUGUGGUCCGUUCACAGGCAGACACCUCCAUAUCUCAGCGUCCGACACUCAGACGUUGUGAAUGAUCUUGGCUCUGCCUACUACUGGAACGCACCUGGACUAUACUUGGGAAACAAGCUUUCAGCCUAUGGAGGGAGUGUGGCCUACACUGUGUCAUAUACUACGGACCAACAAGAACAAAGGGCCAUUAGAGUCACUUCACAACCGGACCUGAUCAUAGAGGGAGGUGGAAUUAAGAUCAUCGACAGAAGGUAUGGCCAGCCGGUGUACCCGUCCUCGCCCAGCACCAAUCAUGUUGCUCUCCUUCCAGAGAACUUCCUGGUUCCAGAGAGCGCACAGCCGAUUAGUCGGAGGGAUUUCCUGUCUGUGUUGGCCAAUGUAACCAGCAUUAUGGUGCGGGCCUCUUACAGCACAGAGCCCAGCGCUGUGUACAGACUCCACUCAUUCUCAAUGCAGGUAGCUAAUCCCUCUGCCAGAGGAGAGAGGAGAGCAUCAGCUGUGGAAAGCUGCUCUUGUCCUCCUGGAUAUGCUGGGACUUCCUGUGAGAUGUGUAUUCCAGGUUUCCGUAGGGUCAACGGGAUUCUCUACAAUGGUGUGUGUGAAGCUUGUCGUUGCCACGGCCACGCUGCACAAUGCCACGAUGUCACAGGACACUGCCUGGACUGCUCCCACCACACCAUAGGCCCCCACUGUGAUACCUGCCUACCUGGUUACUAUGGCAACGCCACCCGUGGGUCACCCGCGGACUGUCAGCCCUGCGCCUGCCCGCUCAAUCUUCCCAGUAACAAUUUCAGCCCCACCUGCCACCUGAGUGGACAAGGGGAGCUGUUGUGUGACCAGUGCCAGCCUGGAUACACGGGACCACGAUGUGACAGGUGUGCCAACGGAUAUUACGGCCAGCCCAGCGUGCCAGGGGGAUCCUGCCGGCCCUGUGAUUGCCAUAGCAACCUCGACCUAUCCAUACCUGGCAGCUGUGAUCCAAUCACAGGCCAGUGUCUGCGCUGUCGCCAAGGUUAUGGCGGCGCGUCGUGUGAAAUUUGCGCUGAUGGUUACUACGGAGAUGCCGUCACAGCUAAAAACUGCCAGGCUUGUCAGUGCCAUACGAAUGGCUCUGUAUCUGAGAUCUGUGACAAGGAGACCGGAGGGUGUCAGUGCAAGAAGAACGUGGUUGGACGACAGUGUGAUGAGUGCAUGCCCAACUGUUGGUGGGAUGCUGAGCGUCAGGACUGUAUUCCCUGUCGCUGCAGCCCCCACGGCUCUAUGUCUCAGCGCUGUGAUAUCGAGGGCCGCUGCAUCUGUCGCCCCGGCUUUGUGGGCCGACGCUGUGACCUGCGUCGCCAAGGUUACGAGAGGCGGGAGACCCGCAGGCCAGUGGAGCGUGUUCCCAUAGAGGCCGUGCAGCAGAGAUGGGGGGGGUCCUCCCGCACAGGGGGUUGUCCCAGGGGCGCGUACAGGCCUAGGACAGGGCCUCAGACUCACGGCAUCAGCACAGGCGGAGCGUGUGUCCCGUGUCACUGCAACUCGUUUGGUUCCAAGUCGUUUGACUGUGACGAAACCGGUCAGUGUCGGUGCCAGCCGGGCGUCACCGGACCCAAAUGCGACCGGUGUGCACGAGGAUUCUUUAACUUCCAGGAGGGCGGCUGCACACCCUGCCAGUGCAGCCAUGUGGGGAAUAACUGUGACGCCAACACAGGGCAGUGUAUCUGUCCUCCAAACACCAUUGGUGAGAGGUGCGACCACUGUGCUCCCAACCACUGGGGCCAUGAUAUUGUGACUGGAUGCAAGCCGUGCGGUUGCAGCGUGAUCGGCUCAGUGACCCAGCAGUGUAACGUCAACACAGGCUGCUGCAUGUGCCGCGACUCCUUCAGAGGAGAGAAGUGCAACGAAUGUCAACUGGGAUACAGAGACUUUCCUCAGUGCACCCAGUGCGAGUGUAACGUCUCAGGAUCGGACAGCCAGACCUGUGACUUGGAGAGAGAAGUGUGUGCCUGCGCAGAUCGAACGGGAAAGUGCAGCUGCAAGGCAAAUGUGGAAGGACACAACUGUGACCGUUGUAAGCCAGACACGUUUGGGUUGUCGGAACGAAACCCGCUUGGCUGCAGCAACUGUUACUGUUACGGACUGACACACUCCUGCACAGAGGCACAGGGGCUCAUCAGGAUGUGGUUAACGCUGAAGCCUGAGCAGACGGUGCUCCCCCUGGUGGAUAAAUCCAACACUAUGGAGACGAGGAGAGGAGUGAGCUUCCAGCACCCUGAGAUCCUCGCUCACACAGAGCUGGUCACCUCAACUCUCUCUGAACCCUACUACUGGAGACUGCCGGAGCAGUUCAGAGGCUCUAUGAUCACAGCAUAUGGUGGGCAGUUGAAGUACGCUGUGUACUAUGAGGCCAGAGAUGAAACUGGUCCUUCCUCCUACGAGCCUCAGGUCAUCAUUAAGGGUGGUCCAAACCGCAACAUUGUGAUGACACGCCACAUACCUGGACUCCAGAUUGGUCAGCUCACCCGCCAUGAGAUCGACAUGACAGAGCAUGAGUGGAAGUACGCAGAUGGCAGGUCCAUGACUCGAGAGGACUUCAUGGAUAUUUUGUUCUAUGUGGACUACAUCCUAAUUAAGGCAUCACACGGCAACUUGAUGAGACACAGCCGUAUUUCGGAAAUCAGUCUAACAGUGGCCGAGGAAGGCAGACCAACCAGAGAGAGUGAGAAAGCACAUCAGAUAGAAAAGUGUGAUUGUCCAAUCGGAUACUCUGGACUUUCCUGUGAGGAGUGUGCUGCAGGCUUCUACCGUCUUCGCGCCGGUUCCCAGGCAUCUGCUCCAGCGUCCAGAGUGCCCACCGCUGUCGGCAUGGGCAGCUGUGUUCAAUGCCAGUGCAGUGGGCACUCUUCCACCUGUGACCCUGAGACAUCCAUAUGCCAGAACUGUCAAGACAACACAGAGGGUGAUCGGUGUGAGCGCUGCGCUCCGGGAUUCUACGGUGUGGUCCGUGGUUUCCAUGACGACUGCAAACCCUGCGCCUGUCCGCUCAGUAACCCAGAGAACAAUUUCAGUCCUACCUGUGUAACAGAGGGAUACGAUGACUACCGAUGUACCGCCUGUCCUGAGGGAUAUGAGGGCAAAUACUGUGAGAGGUGUUCUACUGGUUACCAUGGUAACCCGCGGAUGCCGGGCGGCCGCUGCGAGGAGUGUAAGUGUUCCUUGUGGGGGGCGCUGCCCGGACCAUGUGACCCUGUCACGGGCCAAUGCCGUUGCAGGGUCGGGGCAUCGGGGAGGUCGUGUGACCAGUGCAUGGACAGGCAUGUGUGUGGACCAGCUGGGAUCAUCUCCUGUGAUGAUGAGUGCUCGGGUCUGUUGAUCAGUGAUAUGGACCGCCUGUAUCGCAUCAUCACUGAGGUGACUCUGACCACGCCCCUUCCGCCACCUUACAAGGUGUUGUACCGCUUCGAGAACAUGACAGAGGAACUCAAGCACAUGCUGUCACCACAGAAAGCUCCGGAGAGAUUACUGCAACUGGCCGACUCCAACCUGGGAUCACUGGUCGUUGAGAUGGACCAACUACACAGCAGGGCUACGAAGGUGUCUGCUGACGGAGAGCAGGUUGAGGAUGAUGCUGACAGGAUUCAUAAACGAGCCGAGGACCUGGAGCAGUUCAUCAGGGACACACUGCUGGGAGCUCAAGACCUCCAGUCAAAGGCCGCCGACUUGAACCAGACUCUCUCGCGGAGAGAUGGAACUCCAGACAAAAGCCUGAAGGAGAUGAAAGAGGAGAUCCAGGCCAUGCUAGCCGAGAUGAGAAAACGACAGCUGGGAGGGAAGAAGAGCAUUGCCGAGGAGGAGAUGGAGCUUGCAGAGGAGUUGUAUCAGAAGGUGAAGAGAUUAUUUGGUGACCCCCAUCAGGCCACAGAGGACCUGAAAGCAGAGAUAAAAGAGAAGCUCUCAGACCAUGCAGGGAAGCUCCAGGAGGCCCAGGAUCUCCUCCACUCCGCCCAGGGAAAGACGAGGCAGGCUGGCUCACUGGCUGAACAAAACCAGGCUAACCUCACAGCCCUGGAGAGGAAGUGCUCCGCUGUGAGCGGGCUGAAACAGGAAGCACAGGAGGUCCUUGGAGAAGGAGAACGUCUACUGGAUGAAGCAAACCAGCUUUCUGAUAACAUCAACAAGGAGAUAGAGGACUUGGAGGGGAUGGGACGAGAGCUGGGUCCUCUUCAUGACCAGCUGGAUGACAGAGUGACUCACCUCACUGAUGGUUUAAGUGACGGCGGCCUGGCUAGUCACGUACAUGAUGCAGAGGAACGCGCCAAGGAGCUGAACGAAUCUGCUGCCAUUUUGGACAGUAUUUUAGCCGAAGCAAAAAACCUCUCCUUCAACGCAACAGCUGCCUUCAAGGCCUAUAGCAACAUUAAAGCAAAUGUGGAUGCAGCAGAGAAAGAGGCGAAGGCAGCCAAACAGAGGGCAAGUGAGGCACUGGCGCUGGCUUUAGAUCCAGAGGCCCCAGUAAAGGAAGCAGCUGAAGGUGCCCUUCAGAAGAGCAACAGACUGCUAAACCAAGCUAAACAACUUCAGAAUGAUGUCAAAGAAAAUGCCGAUGGCGUGGCCGGGCUGAAGGGCAGAGUUAAAGCAGCGAGAGACAAAACCAAAGACCUGCUGAAAGCUGUCAACGGAACCAUGGCAACGCUCAACGCUAUCCCCAACGACACAGCAGCUAAGCUAGCAGCCACUAAGGCUGUAGCAGCAGAUGCUAACGCCACGGCCAUAGACGUCCUGGAGCGCCUUGGGGAGUUGAACCUGCACCUGUACGGCCUUCAGAGGAACUACAGUGACCUGGAGGACACUGUUAAUGUAGCCAAUCAGAUGAUCCAGGACCCAGAGAAAAACAUCCACGCUGCAGGAGCUAAAGUGAAGGAUUUGGAGGAUGAAGCCGACAGGCUGUUGGAGAAGCUGCAGCCAAUCAAAAAGCUGCAGGACAAUUUGAGGCGUAACAUCUCGCAAAUCAAGGAGCUGAUCAACCAAGCCAGGAAACAAGCUAACUCAAUCAAAGUGUCAGUGUCAUCAGGUGGUGACUGUCUCCGUAGUUACCGCCCCGACAUCAGGAAAGGGAGGUACAACACCAUCAUCCUCCACGUUAAAACCACCACACCUGAUAACCUGCUCUUCUACCUGGGAUCAGCCAAAUAUGUUGAUUUCCUGGCCUUGGAGAUGCGUAAGGGGAAGGUCUAUUUCCUUUGGGACGUCGGUUCAGGUGUGGGGAGGGUCGAAUAUCCUCAUCACACCAUCCAUGAUGGGAACUGGCACAGAAUAGAGGCAUCUCGUAAUGGGCUGAAUGGCACCAUAUCAGUAUAUCCUCUGGAAGGCUCUAUGGCUGGUAUGAUGCCGACCCCAGCCAGUGCCAACUCGCCCACAACCUACACCAUCUUGGACGUCGACCAGAACGCCUACCUGUUUGUGGGAGGAAUACUCGGCACUGUCAAGAAAGCAGACGCAGUACGAUCAACGACAUUCACAGGCUGCAUGGGGGAGACCUUCUUGGAUGGUAAACCUAUUGGACUGUGGAACUACAGAGAGAGACAGGGAGACUGUAAGGGAUGUGUUGUCAGCCCCCAGCGUUCAGAUGGUGAAGGGAUAGUUCAGCUGGAUGGCGAGGGCUACGCCGCAGUAGGACGACCCACCAGGUGGAACCCCAAUGUGUCCACCGUGACCUUCAAGUUCCGCACGUUUUCCUCUGAAUCCCUGCUCAUGUAUUUGGCAACUGAUGAUAUGAAAGACUUUAUGUCCCUUGAGCUGUCAGAGGGGAAGGUGAAGGUGAACUUUGACCUUGGUUCAGGAGUUGGCAGUGCCCUAUCAGCUAACCGCCACAAUGAUGGGCGCUGGAAGUCUCUCACCAUGUCACGGAACAAGAAACAAGCCACGGUGAGCGUAGUGGACAUCGACAGCGGUGCCGAGGAGAAGAUAGUGGCCAUGUCUCAGGGUUCAGCUACUGGUCUGAACCUCAGGGAAAACCAGAAGAUCUACUUUGGAGGGCUGCCAACUAUUGGAAACUACAGGUCAGAGGUCACGCUGAAGCGGUACGCUGGCUGUCUUCGGGAGAUUGAGGUCUCCAGGACUCCUUAUAAUCUCCUCAGCAGUUCAGAUUAUACAGGAGUCACUAAAGGAUGUAAUGUAGAGAACCUGUACACAGUCAGUUUCUCUAAGCCCGGAUACAUGGAGCUGGGUGGCCUUUCGCUGGCGGUCGGCACGGAGAUCAGCCUGUCCUUCAGCACUCUGGCAGACACUGGGACCAUAUUGUUGGCAGUGGGCGGAGCUUCACCAGUCGGCCAGCAGGCCCGAAACACAAAUGCCCUCAGCACCAAGAGGAGACGCAGACAGUCUGUAGAGCCCUACCUCUCAGUCAUGCUGAACAAAGGUUCUCUAGAGGUCUUGGUGUUCACCGGCCACCACAGUCCACGUCGUGUCAUCAGGCGACCUGAGCAUGGCAUACUGCAUGAUGGGAGAGAGCACUCACUGCGCAUAGAGAGGCUUCCUGGCAGAUCUUUCGCAGUUCAGGUGGACGAGGAGCCCAAAAGGGAGGCAGCGCUUCCCAACGACCAGCCAGUGAGCCUGCAGCGCAUCUUCCUUGGUGGUAUUCCCGCAGAAGUAGAGCAGACGUCCAACAGAGCCAACGUCCCAUUCCAGGGAUGUAUAUGGAAUCUCAUGGUCAACGCUGUUCUCUCAGAUUUCUCCCUGCCCGUGUCCUUUGAGAAUGCUGAAAUCGGACAGUGCCCCAACCUCGCCCCUGAGCCGCCUCUACCUCUUCUGCCAGAUGUAGAGGAGCCCGAGAAGGAAAAGGAGGACUUGAAGCCACUCACUCCUCCACUGACCCCAGCCACCACUACACCACCUACAGGUCUUCCUGCUGAGGCCACGCCCCCUGCUGCACCUGCCACCACACCUACUGCUGCUGCUGCCCCGCCCACUGCUAAACAGGAGCCCAGCGCUGAAGUGGAUUCAUGUGCAUCAGCUGUGGCCCCGACAGCGCUCGAGAAGGCUUAUCAGUUUGGACUGACCAGGAACAGCCACAUGAGCUUUGCUUUUGAUGACACCAAAGUCAGAGAGAGGCUUAUAUUGGAGUUUGAGCUGAGAACGAGGGAGGAGUCUGGUCUCGUCCUCUACAUGGCAAGAAUCAACCAUGCAGACUUUGUUUCCAUACAGAUCAAGGACGGACAGGUCUGUCUGGGUUAUGAUCUCGGUCAUGGGAACAUAUCCGGCUGUGUUCCCUUCUCUAUCAAUGAUGGGAACUGGCACAAGAUCCGUGUGAGUCGUAACAAACAGAGAGGUCUACUUAUAGUCGAUGGGCGAUAUAGUAAACAGAUGAUCAGUCCAAAGAAGGCUGACCUGUUAGACGUGGUGGGAUUGCUUUAUGUUGGUGGAUUACCACCAAACUACACCACCAAGAGGAUAGGACCGAUUCUCUACAGUAUUAAUGGAUGUAUCCGUAGCUUAAAGAUGGUGGGAGGUCCUGUGAGCACGAAGGCAGCAGCUACAGGUGGUGCUGAGGCUGUCAUUGAAGAUUUUAAAUUGGACAUGGCCACGCCCACCUCCAGUCACAUGGUGGGAAGAUGCUUUGUUGCUACUGAGACAGGCACCUAUUUUGACGGAACUGGCUUCCUGAAAGCAGUCGCCUCUUACAGAGUGGGUCUGGAUGUGUCCAUAGCAUUAGAGUUCAGAACCAGCAGAACCAACGGCGUGGUUUUGGGCGUCAGUAACCAAGCCAACGAUGGAUUGGGAAUAGAGAUCGUCGAGGGCAAGCUGCUCUUCCAUGUUGACAAUGGAGCUGGACGAAUCACAGCAGAGCACAUGCCUGAGGGUGAUGGCUUCUGCGACGGCCAGUGGCACUCUGUCAUUGCUAGAAAACUCCGCCACAGGGUGGAGCUGGUGGUCGAUGAGAAGCUGAGCCAAGCAGAGAGUCCUAACCCACGCUCCAACACAUGUGACACCAACGACCCCAUCUAUGUCGGAGGAUAUCCUGAUGGAGUCCGACAGGCAGCUCUCUCUACCAGCACUUCUUUCGGAGGUUGCAUGAGGAACCUGAAGAUCACCAAGGCUGCUAAGACCAUGGACGUGCACUUCAACAAGGCUCUAGAGAUUAAAGGAGUCCAGCCUCUCUCCUGUCCCGCUGUCGCUGCCUAAUCAGUACCGGAGCUUCCACUUUGUUGUUUCCCUAAUGCAGUACCUCGUCCAAAUCCUGGUCUCUGAACCUGCACUGGGCACAGUGUUUAUACAUCAGUGUGUAAAACAUGCACAUCUGCUUUUGUCCAGUUGUUGAGCCAAAACACAGAUAUGUGUUCCACAAGGACUCGCUUGUUUCCAGCUCAGAGAGGUGUACCAUGACGCAGGUUUAACAGGGCCAGACUUUGCUUUAGCUGGUGUAACACACUCUAAAGCCUCUUUGAGCCUUAACAUAAAACAAGACAUUCUCAGAGCGUCUCAUGACUCUUGAUCGAUUGUGCACCGCCUACUUUCGCCUUUGAAGAAUAUUUUAAAAUUAUAACAGUAAAAAAUAUACUGUUGAUUAAGAUGAGAAGAGUGUUGGCAGAAAAUACUUAACUUGUGAAUUCUCAAGUUAUAUUUACUUUUACUACUUGAUUUCUAACAUGACAGCAGCACAUUUACAGCUCUGAAACUUUAACUUUUAUGCAGCUGAUUCCAGUGUUGUACUCAAGAUAUACUGACACUGUCCCAUUAUAAAGGAUACGUGGAAAUAAUUUUAGCUUUUGGCCAAAUCAAAGUAAAAUAUUUCACUGAAUAUUAUCUGUGAUAAAAAUAUAGACUAAUUAAUCUUCUAAUUGGUGUGUUUUAUCAGUAUUAUAUAUAUGGUAUAUCAGUAAUAUACCAGCAAUGUUUAACAAACUUCAGCAAAUCAGGAUCAAACAUAGAAACACAAUUUGAGACAGUAAAGGUAUGAUAUGGUUUCAUAGAUUAACAACUGACAAAAGAGUGAUGCUAUCUUCAAAGGAGAAUGCGUGAGAGACGCUUUUUCUAAACUGCCCCAGAGACAGGUUAGCUGUACAGCUUAAAGUUUUACCUUACCUUACCUUACCUUAAGUUACCAUGGAGAUCUAGCCAGGUUAAAAAGGAGCCACCAUCAUGGCACGAAAAACUCUGACUUCAUGCUCAACAUACCUCUCUGACCUUCUCAUCUUGCCUCAUGGUACACCCCUCUGAUUGGCUGUUCAUCAGAUACAGAGACAUCAGGUGAACUCAGAUGUGUCCUCAACCACAGAAUUGGUGCACAUCUCCAACAGCAACUCACUCAGAAUACAAAAUGUAUCAGAGUAAUAUCGUCAAAUGGCUUGUAACUAGGAAAAGGAGAUUAUAAUAAUACAAGUAUCGGAUCAGAGUGAUAUAUUUUUUUUGAUUGCUUUUCCAGCAAUUUAGUAUUAAUUUGUUUCAAAUCUUCACUUUGAAUAUGGUUUUUGUGAUGUACACAGUGUUGGUUUACAGGCUUCCAUAUUGUAUCUGAGGCUCAAAGAUGACACACACCUGAGUGAACUUGAUGCCCCAAGUAGCUGAUGAAGAGCCAACCAGGUCUCAAUGUUGUCAUCUUGCUAAAUUAGUCAGAGAAAAACUGUUUGUGAACAGGUGAGUCCUUGUGAAACACAGUGUCUCUACAACAAAUGGUCAGAUUCUUUCUGCCUCAAUCACAAAAUAAAAUAACACUUUCAUCCAUUUUGUUUAAAUUAAUUUUGCUGCCAGGUGUUGUCACUGACUAUAACCUCAGUGUGUAGCAUAUACUUACCUGUGGUAACUUACUAAACAGCAAACACAAUAUCCAGAGAAAGACACAUGUAAACUUUCCUGUUUCAGGAUAUAUAAGGUGAAGUUAUCCGGUCAAAAAGAUUUUCUUAACCUGUAAAAGUUCCCUCUAACAUUGUCGGUACGAGGCCCUCACGUUAUGUUCAGUGUACGUCAAAAUAAAUAUGGCUACUAAUGGAGGACUGAAAGUAUUUUAAAAUGUGUUUCAUGAUUAGUCCACUAAGUUUACACAAUGGAAGCUAGUAUUCAGACCUGUGCUGUGGUCACAGGUGCUCACAGUAUUCAAGCUAACAUUAUUUUUGGAUAUGCGUGAUCAUGUGAACAAUAAGUCAGCGUAGUUUAACAGGAAAGUUCCUCUCGACGAGGUAGAACAGGGUAUGUCCAGUCCUCCAGUUAUUUUAUUUUACCCUUGUUACACAAACUUCUCCGGAAAAAUAAUAAAAAUGACAAUAUAUAUAUGUUAGCGUGAGUUUUCUACAUUUGUCCUUCAUAAACCUUGUUCCCUGAGAAUUUGUCGACAAAGUCUGAAUCAUUUGUACGCUUUUUUUGUUAAGGAAUAAUUUGUUAGUGAUUACCUUCUCAUCCUCAAAACAACAUAUGAAGUUGGACUUCUUUUCAGCCCGCUGUAAAGCAACUGAUGUGGACAGUGAUCUCAAUACAUCUAAAAAUGAUACACAGAAAACAAAACAGGUUUCUGAUUAAAUGGUUAUAAAGCCACAAGAGCUUUGGUUCAAAUGUCCACUAUCUCGUUAUCGAAGCAAUUACAUGAGUCGUCUUGAUUAACCCCAAAUGUGAAUAUGAGUAGUAAAAUUGUUGUACUAAAUACAGUACAAACUUUGCUUUAUCUACAUGCUGACUUUACUGAUGCUUUAAUAGACACAAUGUUGACCAGAUGAUGAGAGCAGUUUUUACUUUUUGGGGGGUGCAACAUACCUUUAACAUUCCACACUUCAUCAAUUGAUUUGAUGUACAGGAAAUUUUCAUUCAAGCUGGAGCUUGUGUUGCUUUUUGAUAGAGUUGUGACACCAAACUGGAGGUACAAGGUUUCUGUAGGACACUAAUGACGGUGUAUGUUCUGCAUGGUGUGGCUGAAAAUUCUUCAGCAGCUGUUUCUGAAAUAUAUUCUUGAAAGCAUCACUCAGAUUGUCCUGUCCUUCUUUUAAACUGCUGAAUGUGAUAAUGUUGAACUGUAUUCUUGGAAAUAAAGAGAAGUCUCCUC